GGGCGGAGCCGGCUGAACCUGCGGCGAAGUGGGGCGGCUGCGAGCGCGCAGAGACAGAUCGCUUGCUCGCGGUCGGGAUGGAAGGACUAGCGGUUCGUUCGCUGCUGCGCAGCGGGCUGCUAAGGAGACAUGUGCCAACGUGCCUGUGUCCCUGGAAAGUUCCUCAUGUCCUGAGAUCUUCCCAUGCAGCGGCUCCACAGACCUCUGCCCCACUGCAGACACUGACAGAUGACCAAAUGCUGAUGAAGAGCACAGUUAAAAAAUUUGCACAGGAACAAAUUGCUCCUUUGGUUUCAAUCAUGGAUGAAAACUCAAAAAUGGACAAAUCAAUAAUACAAGGAUUAUUUCAACACGGGUUGAUGGGUAUUGAAGUUGAUGCCGAGUAUGGAGGAACCGGAGCUUCGUUUUUUUCCUCCAUCCUAGUGAUAGAGGAAUUAGCCAAAGUCGACGCAUCUGUGGCUCUCCUGUGUGACCUUCAGAACACAGUGAUUAACAAGCUCAUUGUGAAACAUGGAACAGAAGAACAAAAGGCCACCUACUUACCUAAGCUGAUUACAGAAGACCUAGGAAGCUUUUGCCUUUCAGAGGCUGGAGCAGGUAGCGACUCCUUUUCUUUGAAAACCAGAGCUGAAAAAAAGGGAAAUUACUACGUCAUCAAUGGGUCAAAGAUGUGGAUUAGCAGCGCAGGGCAUGCAGAGCUCUUCCUGGUUUUUGCAAAUGUAGACCUUGCUGCUGGUUAUAAAGGAAUCACCUGCUUCUUAGUAGAUCGUGACACAGAAGGCUUUCAUGUAGGGAAAUCAGAAAACAAACUGGGGAUCAGAGCUUCUUCCACCUGCCCAUUAACAUUUGAAAAUGUCAAGGUUCCAGAAGCCAAUAUCUUGGGACAAGUUGGACAUGGCUAUAAAUAUGCCAUAGGCAUUCUUAAUGAAGGUAGAAUAGGAAUUUCUGCACAGAUGCUGGGACUGGCCCAAGGAUGUUUUGACUACACCAUUCCAUAUCUUAAAGAAAGAAAACAAUUUGGGCAGAGGAUAUUUGAUUUUCAGGGACUCCAACACCAAGUGGCAUAUGUGGCCACCCAGCUAGAAGCUGCGAGAUUGCUAACGUACAACGCUGCCAGGCUUGUAGAAGCGGGGAGGCCGUUCAUAAAAGAAGCAGCUAUGGCCAAGUAUUAUGCAUCAGAGAUUGCAGGGUUUACAACUAGUAAAUGUAUUGAGUGGAUGGGAGGAGUAGGCUACACCAAAGAUUACCCUGUAGAAAAAUACUUCCGAGAUGCAAAGAUUGGUGCAAUAUAUGAAGGGACCAGCAAUAUCCAGCUGAACACCAUCGCCAAGCACAUCGACGCAGAGUACUGACGUCUGCAAGGCUGGCCCCUCCUGGUGUCACUCAUUCUAAAUGUUGUGCCUGGUUGGAGGAACGAGGUGGCUCAGCGCCGCAGGGUUCUACCGAGCCCUCGCAGUCCUGAUCCUCUGGCUUCGCCCUUUCUAUUCACGCUCUCCUGUCUGCUUCAGUUAGGCAAAGGAAAUCGUUUCUAAAAUUUGGGAGAUGUGCACCCCUAUUUUCUCCAAAAACUGUUUUUAAGCUUCUAUAUGUAUUUAUAUUAUCAUCUAGUUUCAGAAUAUAUGGAAGUUUCGCUCCAUCAACAUUUGGACAAAUGAAGACUUUCGAAGUAUUACUUAGAGUUUUUUAUUCUCCUUCUAAAUCUUUAUAUUGUGAUACUAAUCAGAGCAACAUUUGCUACAGUAGUCAAUUUUUAUGAAAUACUUUAUAGAUUCAACUGUAAGUUGCUAAAUGAGAUAGAAACUGAUAAAAAUUUGUUGGGAAAAUUCAAAACUUUCAGGUGUGAACAUCAGAAUGGAUGAAUGUAAGGAUGUAGGAAUGGAAGAGUGUAACUUUGUAGUUCACACAAUUGAAAAAAAAUAUUUUAAACAAGUAAAAUAAUGUGAUUUGUUCCAUAAUUGACCGUAAAAGAUUUAAUUUCUUGAAGGUUUCAGCUGGUCAUUUUUAAAACAUGGUCCUGCAUUAGUUUUCAACUAUAACAUUGGAAUAAUUUGGUUUAAUAAUCAUUAAGUGUUCAAUAUUGUAAUAUUGUGCCAUACUAUCCACUAGUAAAAUUUCUUUCUGUAUUUCCAUUGAA